AUGGCCGUGCCCAACUACACCUACCUCAAGCUGAAGAUCCCUGGGCCCAAGGGGAUCAUCAUGGUGGGGGGAAGCCUCCAGCAUGCCCACCUCUGCGAGCAGGAGAGCUGCGAUCUGGCUGCGGCGGCUUUCAGAUCGCUCGAGCUCAAAAGCAUCCAGCUUGCCAAUGCGGAGGUGGUGCCUGACUUGGCUAAAAGCAAGUCCUUCGUGGGAACCUUCAAACCCGUUGAAGACACCAAGACGGUUCAGGUCAACCCCGACAACGCCAGCAAGACGGUCCGGAUCGGGGCUGGCCUCAGUGACAAAUAG